AUGUCUACGAGAAAAGCAGCAGCGGCAGCGGCAGGAAAACGCAAGGCAAGUUCUACUCCCGAACCAAUUGGUCAUGUCAAUGGCAGCACCACGAAAAAAGCAAAAGUCAGCGAUGAAGAUUACGAUUUAUCUGAAUUACGACAACCGCAUCAUAGUGCUAAGGAAGCAGAGGAAAAUGGCAUUGUGCUGCGGAAAUACUAUCCGCAUGAAAUGUGUAAUCCGAGAGCUGUCGCAUAUAAUAAUAAUGAAUUAGCGCGACCUAUCGAACUUUUGCAUUCCGCGCUUGCGGAUACCAAAAAAGAGAGGGAGAAAAUAGAUGCCAAGGAUUGUGUGGUACAUUGGUUUAAAUGCGAUUUACGUACUCGUGAUAAUACGGCGUUGUGGAUGGCGAGUGAAAAGGCGAAGGAGAAAGGUGUUCCGCUUGUUGCGAUGUAUAUUAUCAGUCCGCAGGAUUUUGAGGCGCAUUUAACGGCGCCGGUUAGGGUUGAUUUUAUAUUGAGGACGUUGGAGAUUUUGAAGAGGGAUUUGGCGGAAUUGGAUGUUCCGCUUUAUGUUGAGACGGUGGAGAAGAGAAAGGGUGUUGAGGGGAGGAUUCUGGAGUUAUUGGGGGAAUGGGGCGCGAGUCAUUUAUAUGCAAAUAUGGAAUAUGAAGUUGACGAGUUGAGACGGGAAGCUAGGAUGGUGAGAGACUGUGCUGAGAGGGGAAUUGCUAUGGAUGUACUUCAUGAUACUUGUGUGGUUCGUCCUGGGGAAUUGAGGAGUGGACAGGGAAAACAAUAUUCGGUUUAUACUCCUUGGUUUAAGGCGUGGAUAGCUCAUGUUCAUGAGAAUUCGGAUCUUUUGGAUUUAUUCGAUGCUCCGGGGAAAAAUCCUGCGAGUGCACGAGAGAAAUUCGCAAAAUUAUUCGAGACGAAAAUUCCGGAUGCACCAGCGAAUAAAUCUUUAACGGAUGAAGAGAAGAAAAGAUUUCAUUCUAUGUGGCCAGCUGGUGAACAUGCAGCACAAGAACGACUUUCGAAAUUCGCCGAUGAAAAAAUAAACAAGUAUGAAGAACAUCGAAACUUUCCCAACUUAAAUUCAACUUCCUCCCUAUCAGUACAUUUCGCAUCUGGAACCCUCAGCGCACGAACAGCUAUCCGUACCGCACGCGAUCACAACAAUACCAAGAAGUUAAAUGCGGGAUACCAAGGAAUCCAAACCUGGAUAUCCGAAGUCGCAUGGCGAGACUUCUACAAACACGUAUUAGUGCACUGGCCCUACGUCUGCAUGAACAAACCCUUCAAACCUGAAUACACCAACAUAACAUGGGAAUACAACAAUACGCAUUUCCAAGCCUGGACGGAAGGAAAAACAGGAUAUCCCAUUGUCGAUGCCGCGAUGCGUCAAUUGAAGCAUUGCGGAUAUAUGCAUAACCGAUGUCGCAUGAUCGUCGGAUCAUUCCUCGCAAAACAUUUGCUCAUCGAUUGGAGAAUGGGCGAGCGAUUCUUCAUGGAACAUUUAAUUGAUGGGGAUUUCGCGAGUAAUAACGGAGGAUGGGGAUUCUGUGCCAGUACGGGGGUGGAUCCGCAGCCGUAUUUUCGCAUUUUUAAUCCCCUGCUUCAGAGUGAGAAGUUUGAUGCUGAGGGGGAGUUUAUUCGGAAAUGGGUUCCGGAGUUGAAGUCGGUGAAGGGGAAGUUUAUUCAUGAGCCGUUUGGGGAUAAGGUGGCUGCCGGGGUGGCGAGGAAGAAUGGGUAUCCCGAGAGGAUUGUUGAACAUAAGGUAGUUAUCUUAGCAGUCCAGGGUUUGUAA